AUGUCAGAAGGUAUAGACUCGAAUGGAUCUCCCUCAUCGCGAAAGUCCUUCCACCAGGAUCCUCGGUUCAUAACGCACCUUUCUCCCAGACAGGAAGAGAAGCUCCGAUCAUACCUCGAUGAGAAACUAUCAAAUCUGGAAAGCGACGAGCGGACUCACCAGUUGGGACCUCUGUCAAGAUUGUUAUCAAGACUAUCGCCCCUCCUUCAGAUAAUCCUCCAAAUCCCCCCCUUUUACCCCUUCGAAUCAUUACGUACCUCAUACCUCCUGACGCUCACCUCUGUCAUACCGAUAUACAUCACUUCCUUACCUCUCCUAUGUUCCCGACACCGCACGAAGGAUGAGGCGCAAGACGAAGCGUCCCGUGUGAUUCGUGAUGUAUUGGAGUUGUUAAAGGAAGUGGAGAAAGGUUGGUUAGCUGUUCUGAAAAGUGAUGGGUGGAUACCCCCUCACAAUACCGGGGGAACAAAUAUGGAUGUAAUGAUUGGUGGACAAGCUGUUAAACUAGUUGAUGAGGGUAUAUCUCAAGUGGACAUAACUGAAAAGAUCCGACUCAGAUCAAUUAUACUCUCCUCACGAGCUAGGGUAUUAGCGUGGGCAAGACCAUAUGGGAGCUUUGACUGGGCUGGAUCAGCUUUACCCAGCGAAUCAGAUACUAGUACAUCAACCUCUGGACCGUCGCGGGAGGAGAUUGUUGUAGCGACACGUUCAGGGGGAUGGGAAGAAGAGGUAUUAUCGAUGUGGAAACACCUUUUGGACGUUUUAUCUCAUGAGUUGAGCUGA